AUGGCUGCACGAGUGCUGCUGCAACGGCGCUCCAUGGCGCCGUUGGCUACCCUCGCCGCCCUCGGGGGCAUGGCUCUCGUCCCGGCCACGGUCCUGGCCGAGGCGCCCUCGGCGGCCGCAAAGCAGCAGAGAAAACCAAUCUACGACCCCCUUGACGCGCCCCUGCCGAAUCCCGCUUCACAACCACCACCUUCAACCCCAUCGUCAUCACCAGCACCAGAAGAGCCCAGGCCGCCGCGGGGCCCCACGCCCACGGACCGGCUGGCCGUGCAGGUCGGCCGGGCCCGCAUGUUCCUGUACGGGUGCGCCGUCGCCGCCGAGGACCGCGUCAACACCACCAUGGACUCGGCCCUCGACCUCGAGCAGUCCUUCACAAACACCAUCGCCUCGCUCGCGCCCCCGCGCGACAGCGGCGAGAGGCUCAUGCCCGGCGCCAUCUAUGUCCUCGUCGCCGCCAUGGCCGGCAGCAUCGUCGCCCGCAAUCGCAACAUCAUCGUCCGCGCUUCGCUGCCCCUCGCCCUCGGCUUCGCUGCCGGCUGGGCCGUCGUGCCCCUGACCAUGCGCAACGUCUCCGACCUCGCCUGGAAGUAUGAGCAGCGCUUCCCCACUGUCGCCGACUCCCACCUCCGCCUGCGCGAGGGCGUCGAGCGCGGCGUCAGCUUCGCAAAGGUUCAUAGCCAGCUCGGCGUGCGCUACGUCGACGACAAGGUCACCAAUGCCCGUGAGAUCGUCGAGGGCUGGGUCAAGCAGGGCAAGUAA